AUGGAGAAAUUCAGAAGUAUUUUUCUUUUGUGCUUUGGCUUCCUUCUAGUCCAUGUAAGAGGUCAAGGCGAUUUUGAUUUAGCUGAUGCCCUUGAUCACCCAGAUGACAUAAUUACAAGGAAGCCUACGGUGAUCAGAAGACCCACAAGGCCUGUGCUGAACAAUGAUCUACAUUUAGGAGAUGCUCUUGGUGGGGGUGACAUCUCAAGAAAACCUCUAUACCCACCUCUUCCACCACGACCAGGAAGUUAUAGUAAUUCUGGAGGUUUUGAUGACUCAGAUCUCCUUGAUGGGAAGCCUUUACCACCGGUUAUAACAGGAGAAGAGGAGCAUCAUUUCAAUCAUGGAGGAAACACAGAUUCAGGAUUAAUAGCUGGAGUUACAUCGCCUGUAAUUUCUGCCUUUGUAAUAUUGGUUGUUGGAUCGAUAGCAGCCUACUCUGCUUACAAGAAUAAGAGACUUUGUUUCAAACCACGUGGUGGGGCUGCAGUGUAAACCACUGAAGGAAGAGUUGCCCUCUGAUCACAGGCUCCUUUGGUUGGUGACAUUCUACUGUGCUGUUCUGACAAAAAAAAAAUCUUCUUCUAAUGAAUGUUUUGUCGAGACUGCUUUCUCUAACUUGAUGUCACUUUUGUGCCUUGAGCUUCAUGUCAUCAAAGAUAUGCUUAAAACAUUGAGGGAUUGUAUUGCACUAUCUCAUGUGCAUUUAUAAAGGUUGGUUAUGGAUUUUGACUCAGAAAUUAUUUUAAACAAUAAAGAAAUCAAGUGCAUUAUAAGCUAAAAAUGGAAAGUUUUGGGUUUGUCAGCAUUUGAGUUAUCGAACAAAUUUCUUUUUCUCUUUUCAAAAUUACCCAAAACAGAAUCCCUCUGAUAGAAUAGGAAAAAGGAGUUUGCCAUUUUCAUUCAUGCAU